AUGUUGCCGCUUGCUGUCUCUCUCCGUUUAAUCAGUCGCUCCCCAGCACGAGUCACUCGCGAUGCUGCUCUAUCACUCCUAUCAUCUCGUUCUUCCUCGUUACGCGUGCUUGCAGCUGUUCCUGGCCAUUCGUCCAUGGCAUUCUUCUCAUCCUCGUCACUGGACAUUGGCGCUAGUGUCAUGGAGAUAGAAGACAAUGGUGAGAACGCGAUACUAGAACCCGUACCGCUGGAAAAAGGUUUUGUAGAUCAAAAGCCCAUUGAAGGCUUCAAUUUGUCACAAGAGACACAGCGUAAUUUACAUAAGGCUGGUGUGACACACUUGUUUCCAGUCCAAACGCAAUCAUUUGACGUGAUGAUGAAGGGUUCGGACAUUAUGGGCCGCUCAAAGACUGGUUCAGGCAAGACACUGGCCUUUACACUGCCUAUAAUUGAGACAAUUAUGGCUAAUCGGAAGAAUACUCGCAACCCACAAGCGCUUGUGUUGUUGCCCACGCGCGAAUUGGCGCAGCAAGUUCAUGAUGCAAUACAACGCGUAGCUCCACAGCUACGUACAGUAAACGUGGUGGGUGGUGUGUCGUAUACAGUACAGGAAAACCACUUGCGUCGUGGCGUUGAUAUUCUUGUGGGUACACCUGGGCGUAUCAUGGAUCUGGUAGACAAGGGUUCUUUGUCGUUGGAAGACGUCGACGUGUCAAUUUUGGAUGAGGCGGACAUGAUGCUCAAAUUUGGUUUUCAAGAAGCUGUAGAGACAAUUUUGGGCUGGGUGCCUGACGGUGGUCAAACGGUCAUGUGGUCUGCUACCUUCCCAAAGUGGGUGAGCUCAAUGGCUAACAAGUUCCUGAAGGAACCCGUAUCCAUUGAUCUCGUUGGUGACAAUGACAACCACGUGCCGACCACUGUGACACACAAAGCAAUUAAUGCGCCGAUGCGCGACCGUAUUCAGGUGCUGGAGAAUGUGCUGCGUCUGCAUGCACAUGAUGGACAGACUCUGGUGUUCACAGAGACAAAGCAGGAAGCUGACGAGAUUGCGAACUCUUUGCCUGGUCAGGACGCUCGUGCGCUGCAUGGUGAUCUCUCACAGGGCAUGCGUACGUCCACAAUGAACGGUUUUCGUAAUGGUCACGUCAAAACGCUCGUAUGCACAGACAUUGCUGCACGUGGUCUGGACAUUGCCAACGUUGAUCUUGUGGUACAGUACCGACUUCCGAGCGAUAAAGAGAGCUUUGUGCACCGUGCUGGACGUACUGGUCGCGCUGGACGAUCGGGUACAAACAUCGUGUUUUUUGAUCGUCGAGACGCUAGCGACGUGCUGGACUUUGAACGCCGAUACAAAUUUAAGUUUACACACGCAGGUUCGCCUCGUCCGGAGCAGAUGAUGGAAGGUGCAUUGAAGGAUGUAAAGAAUCAGUUGGCAUCACUUCCCAAGGCGAACGCUUUGUUGUUUAAUGAAGCGGCCCAAGCAAUGAUUGACGAGGAAGGACCGGGUGUAUUGAGCACUGCACUUGCUCUGUUGUGUGGCUUUGACGCAAAAAAGCUGACAUCGCUCUCGAUGCUGACGGGUCGUUUCCGCAUGCAGACUGUGCAGGUGGAAGGUGUGCAAAGCUCACGUGAGCUCAACAAGUUAUUGUCGUCUUUUACGACUGAACGUGUGGAUAUCUACCCAGUUGAUGGUGGUAUGCUUGUGUUUGAUAUCCCUCAUGGUCAAUUGGAAAAGUUACAAGAGCAUUUAACCGCUGCGUCAUCUGGUGAAGAAAUAAAGGUGACACCUGCUGUGGAAUUUCCACGUAUGGUGAUUGACCGUGCAAGCUUGAAUUCCAAUGGCAAUGGUCAUUUCAGUUCACGUGGGUUUUCUAACAAUCAGAGUUUUGGAGGUAAUAAGCGUGAAGGAAGUAACAACCGGUUUGGUAGCAGUCGACGUGAUGGUGGUUUUAAUCGUUUUGGAGGCAACAAACGUGAAGGUGGUUACAAUGGAAAGCGUACUGAUCAUGAUGGAGAUUUUCACCGUAACAGAAGCGGUCGUAAGUAUGAUUCGUCGUUUUCAAAAGGACGGAGCUCAUCGAGCCGUACUAAUUUUGGGCGCUUUACCGAUGAUUGGUAA